UACGCACCGCCGUCCUGAGGCUUCCACUCCUUGCGCGCUCCUCCGUUCCUGCGCACGCGGGAAGCUUCUCUGUGAAGGCGUGCGCCCCCGCUCCCCGCAUCCACCCCGCCCCACUCCACUCCGGUCGACCAACGCGCGACGCAUCAGCUGGUGCCGGCGCCGGCGCCGGCAGUGGAAGCGCCACCACCGCCAGAGUUGCCGCCGCUUCUGCACCGCCCCCGCACCGGAGCCGGUCAUACUCGUGCGUCAACGCGCGCACCGCGUCGCACCCGCACCCGCACUCGCGCUCGCCCGCCGCGUUGCGGCCUCGCCACCGCAGCCGCCGCAGCCGCCGCAGCCGCCACCGCCGCCGCAUCCACCGCCCGCCCCGUCUCCCCUCCGCACCCCACGCCCCGCCUCGCCCGCGCUCGCCCGCGCUCGCCCGCGCUCGCCCGCGCUCGCGCUUGCGCUCGCCCGCCGCGCUGAGGUCUCUCCUCCACAGCCGCCGCUGCCGCUGCCGCUGCCGCUGCCGCCACUGCCGCCACCUAUGCGCCCCCGCGCCCGCACUUGCGAGCAAGCCGCGCCGCGCACGAGCACGCUGCGCUCACGCCAAGCCCGCGCCCGCGCGCCCGCGCCCGCCCGCCGCGAUGCUGCCGGCCUCCCCAUAGCCUCUGCCUCUGCCGCUGCCGCCACCUCUGCCGCUGCCGCUGCAUCUGCCGCCGCCGCCGCCGCCGCCGCUCGACACUCCUUCCCCCCGCUGCAUCCCUCAGGGAGACGGAAUGUCCGCCCAACUCGACAUUGAUGAGACGAGCUUCGUGUCGUCCUUCUUCAAUGACGCUUAUCCCAACUGGAGCGCCGAGCAGGUUGAGCAGGCAGCGGAGAGGACGCUGCGAGCAGUCAAGAACCUACGCGACCUUGGCAUCCUCAUCUCGGUCACCGAGGAGGCCGAAUUCGACAAGGAGGUGGGUGUCGACAACUUCAUCCGCGGCUUCCUCAUCACUUCCGAAGAGGUGUUGAAGCGAUGGGCGAGGGGUUUCUUCGACGACUGCAAGGGCAAGCAAGAUGCGAUCGGCAGCAUCGGUAUCCACGUCCACACGGCCGCGGCGGAGCGGACGCGCCUCCUUCUUCUCUCGCCACCCCCCGCUCUCCUCACCGAGGACGACGACGAGACGCUCCAGUCCACGCAGAAGGCGCAUGAGGCGCUCCAGCCGUACAAGGAGGCCCACGCUCGCCUCGACGCGCUCGAGUUCCGACUCGUCACCGUCGCUCUUCUCGCCAAGAACAUGACGCUCAAGCAGCUCGAAGACAAGAAGGAGGAGCUUUUGCGCGACUUUUUUGCCGUCGAGGACGACCACGAGAUGGCGUACACGAGUGAGGAGAAGCGGCGCAUUGUCUCGCACAUGCAUGCGAAGAUGGACGAGGUUGAGCCUGUCGCAUUUGACGCCAACCUCACCUCCGAGGCAGCGAUGCUUCGCGUCAUGAGACAGAUAGGCAGCGUCGAGAGCGCGAACGAGGUGCGCUGCAUGAUCGAGUCUUCCGACUCGUGUGUCGACUCAUGCGACGCCGAGCUGCUUCGCCUCGCUGCCGCCGGCGCAAAGUUCACACUCUUUCGCGACAGCGCCUUUGCCGACGCUGACCUCGCCCAGCACCUCUCCACCGGCAUCCUUCUCGUCCCGGCCUUCACCGGGAAGGCCCUUUCCGACGUCCUUCACGACGACCGCGUCCUCGGAGUCACGCAGGCGCUCGACGCGUUUCGAUCCUACCGACUUCGACUCUGGGGUGCCGCAUCGCUUGCCGAUUUCGACACCGACGCCGCCGACCGAUACGUCGUGCUGCAGCAGCAAUUCGGCGGCGGCGACGGAGUUGCUGGCGUUGGAGUCGCACUCUUCGAGAGCGCGGACGCUGUCUCGAGAAUCAUGAAAACGAUUAUCGACUACUACGAGGAUGCGGCUGGCUUGUUUCGCAUCGCCGGCAACGCCGACGCCCUCUCCAAGACCGACCUCAUCGCCUCCAUGGCGGACGCCGCCGCAGCACGCAACGACACCGCCGCCGUCGCCAAGUUUGAGGGCCGCUGCCUCUGCCCGCUCUCCGGCCACGGGUGCAACGCGGGCCCCUUCGAGGACAAGGACGUCGCGGCGCACGUCCCGCCCGGCGUCUUCUGCGCGUUCGUCGGCAGCAAGGUGCACCUUCCGCUCGCGCGCAAGCUGCAGGACGUGGUGGCGAAGAAGCAGGAGCUCAGCCUGCAGUUCCCAAACGCGCGCCAGUGCGGCCGCUGCUCGCACGGCCCUGCGCGCGAGGAGGAGCGCCGCCAGUGGAUGCAAGGGGUGGUCGUCCGGCGGCGGGCGGCCCGCGAGGCGUUUGUCCAGAUGUGA